AUGGGCACUGAUGGGCGACAGGUACACUGAUGGGCAAUCUGUACACUGAUGGGCACUGAUGGGCAACAGAAGAAGCUGAGGUCGUUACCAGGGGCGGACUGACAACUCAUGGGGCCCCCGGGCAAUAGGGGAUCAUGGGGCCCCUGUGUCCUUGCCCAAACUCAAAAAAGCCUAUGAAAAAGGUACCAGGGGCAUCUCAUGGGGCCCCAUACUGGCCCCGGGCCCUUGGGCGGUGCCCAAGUUUCCAAAUGGUCAGUCCACCCCUGGUGGUUACACAGAAGAUCAAA